CGAGACGUCGAGCACGCGGUCCGUACGAUGACGACCGUCCGACAGGGUCCCGCGAGUUAAUCGGACAGUCUGUCGGAACGCGCGAGCGAUUGACCGAAUGCGAACGCGCUGGUCCCGGCCGGAAGAUGCUGACCACUCGCGGGUCGCGCGUCGCGACGAGGGCUCCACGUGAGCGCGGGUGUCGUCGGGGCCAGCCGCAGCUCGGCCGCGGAACAGCGUCUGUGAAGGAGCCGCGGAUUGCCGUGGACUUGUGAGAGGUUGAGAGAGAGGAGAUCCACCCUCGUCGGAGAGAGCGCCGGCUCGCGAUUAUCUAUCCGCGUUCUUCCGGUGACUUUCACGAACUCAGAGCCGGCCGCGGUGGAUGAUUCGUCUCCCCGAGGUGUUAAUCGUGGUGCAGUGGAGAUUUCCGUGUCGAAGCGCGCCUAGGUGUGCGUGUGAGAGUCGGGGAGAGUACAGGAACAGAUUCUCGAAGAGGGCGAGACCGAGCCGUCGUGGAGGCGCGCUGUUUCCUCGGCUCGACGCGAGGAACUACCGAAAACACCGGGGAUACCGUCGCAGUGAGGACACGUUGUACAGUGCGCGGAUAUAGCGAGAAAGAGAGAGAGAGAGGGAAGAAAAAGAGAUCGAUGAGUACGCGUGGUGCUCGUCGCAGUGAGUAGAAAAAAGAGAGGGUAAGAAGGAAACGGUUAAACGAGCAAGGAUCGGUAGUGCAGCGGGCGAACGAGGUGUUAAAAAUGCUGUGUCGCUGGCUCGCCGUGCUGGUACUCGCUGGUUUUCUGCUGGUUAUCGAGGCGAUCGCGGUCAGCCAAGGUACGUACACUCGCGAUCAGCGAGUCUUGAGCGGAAGUCUCGUCCAGGGGAGUCGCAACGUCAGCGGCGCGCCGACUUUCGAAACGAACGUGCCGCGAAACGUCACCACUGCAGUUAGUCAGACCGCCUUUCUUCACUGCAGAGUUCAUCAGCUGGGCGACAAGGAGGUGUCCUGGAUGCGCAAGCGGGACAUGCAUAUCUUGAGCGCGGGUAUUUUGAUGUACACGUCGGAUUUGAGGUUCUUAGUGAUUCAUCCGGAUAAGUCGGAAAACUGGACGCUGCAGAUCAAGUCGCCGCAGGAGCGCGACUCCGGCGUGUACGAGUGUCAGGUCAGCACCGAGCCGAAGAUGUCGCUCAACUAUAGCCUCAACGUAGUCGAAGCGCGAGCCAGAAUAAUCGGCCCGCCGGACAUCUACGUGAAGACUGGAAGCCUGUUGACGCUAACGUGUCUCAUGUCGCAAGGUCCACAUGAUCUGGGCACGGUCGCCUGGUACCGAGGCAAUCAGGCGGUGGUGACGUCACCGCGAUCGGAGAACGACAUCGACGCCGAGCCGCGUAUCACCGUUGAAACAGAAUGGAGCGACGCCCUCACAUCGAGAUUGAGGAUCACGCAUGCGAAGCCCAGUGACUCCGGAAACUACAGUUGCGUUCCUACGGUGGCGGAGAGAGCGAGUGUCAACGUGCACGUGAUCAAUGGUGAGCAUCCGGCCGCGAUGCAGCACGGAAACACGGCAGCCGGCUCGCCGAAUUCCAAGACGGUCCUACUGAUGCUCGCCUUCCUGCUGGGUCAGCUGAGAUAAUGUGCGUGCACGCCGUGAGAGUCGCCCGAAACUUGGCGAAACGAAGUCGCACCGCUCGCGAAAUCGCGACGCGAUCGCAUACUUGUGAGCGUUAGCCCUUCCGCACAGAUCGUCCUGGGUCGAAUCCUCCUAGUCGGUGCCAUCGUAGGGCCGGGAAGUUAAGUUACUCGGGAGAUUACGCGGAAUUAAUGAGAUCUGAGGCUGAAGUUUACCGAGACCCGAAAGUUGACGCUUCCGAAGUUAACGCCUUUCAGAUAAUCUUUUAUUCUCCUCAGUUAGUCGCGAUUUUUCUCCUCGCCGACGUAUUGCAGAUAAAUCAUCGAUUUUUCAAGACAAUUAUCUCGGUAACGUCGGCAAUUCGUCAAAUUAUUAAUCUUUCUUAUAUUAAUCGUUAUUAUUACACCGUCUUUAUUCUUAAGUACACAAUCCGAACAAUGGAGGCACAUGUUGAACUAGGAAUUCAAUUCAAUUUUAGUUCCUCUUUCGUCAAAGUAACAGUUUUAAUUCAGAAAGCUCGCAAAUCUCGUCAUUGUUAUAUUACUCGUGUCGCGUUCGAGCACUCUCGUCGUAGCGUCUGUCUCGUCCUUUUUAAUCUGCCGUCUCGUUUUUCCUCAAACUUAAUUGUGAACGUGGCCGCUAAGAUGAGAGAUACAAAAAUAAUUUCUGAGAGACUGCUCGUUCUUGCGUAAUAAAAGGAGAGCUUUGUGCCUAAGGGUUAAGCGGAAUGCGAGGCGGCCGUGUAUACACGGUGCCUCCCCCACGGAUCCUGCGACGAGCUUGCGAGUCGACUUAUCCCGACUGAGAACUCAAAACGGACGAGCUCGGAGCUCCGAAGUGUUUUUCGUACACUCGUAAUGCAGCGUCCGGUUCUCACUCACAGUUGAACUGUACGUGUUAAAACGUUAAAUAGCUGCGUAAUGAUAACGAGCGAUCCGAGGCGUUUUCACUUCGCGUGCGUUUUCCGUUAAUUGGCGGCACCUGCGCGAAUAAUAUUUUCAACAGCAAUUUGCGUCUGAAAUUAAUAAUUAUAACGCCGCGCGUAACGACCGUUCCCCUCCUCCCCCCCGCCCCCUACCAUCCGUAAAACAAGCAGGUCUUGUCUACUAAUUGACGAUGCGUUUGUUUCACUAAACAUCGACUUUUAAUUUCACAUAUUUUCAACGUUUCUAAAAUAUUUUCUAAUAUUCUUAAUAUUUUUUUUAUAUUUCUGUAAUUUUCUCAUCCUUUUAUAAUCCGUAUCUCGUUACUGAUCAAAUAACGAGAUAACAUGAAUCGCAAAGCGAGAUCGACGAAUUGCAUUUUUUUUUUUUUCUUCGGGGAUUCAGUUCUGAAUUUUUUCCGGAAAAUUCGAACCGACUGUAAGGGAGAGCAACCAUUGGCAUAGUCCAUAGUUACUUUCGCAUGAUAAGCUUUUUUGCGCUCUAUAUUCACGCAUAAGUAAUGACGUAAAGUAAGAAUAAAAGUACCACGUUCGCAGAUACUUGAUUAGCGCUAAGAUGCGAGAGGCACACUGUUUGUUUGAUUCAGCUAAAGAAUUAGUUCACACUUCGCGACUUAGCCUUGGUAUGCUUUAUUGUCGUAAGCGUCGGAUAUAAUAAUUCGCGACGACGACCACGUGAGAAUAGUCGAGAAUUCUUAUCAUAUCCGCAGAGAUGGAAGACGCGUCCGCGUUAAUCGAGAAUUUCAGCGACGGAAUCGGAUUUCCUCGCUCCACUCGUGAUAUCAUACAUAAUUUAUGUUCAAGCGUGAUUCAGAUUUUUAGAUGUAUAUAUUCCGACCAAUUCCAAAGCAACUAUUAUUAUUAUUAUUAUUAUUAUUAUUAUUAUUAUUAUUAUUAUUACCUCUUUACACAGCAAAAUGUUUUGUAUCAAAAACGGCCCGUUGAAAUUUUGUGUUAAUUUAACGGGGGCGAUAUAUUAAAAAGUACGCAAAUAUAUGUACUUAAAUAUAUGUUGACAAGGUGAAUGUAUUGAUUUGUAUUGAUUUAUAUUUGUGUAAUUUUUAACAUAUGCCUCAUAUUAAAAUAAAAAAAAGUGUUAACCGUUUUUCAUAUAAAAUUUUUUACUGUGUAAAAACGUACGGAAAAAAAGAAUUAACUCCCACGGCUAAAAACUAACUCCUACACGUUUUAAAUAAAAUUUACCUGUCCGUAUAAUACAACUGAAAUUUAGUUAAUUUAGCUAAUUUUUUGUCCCAGUACCUAGUUUUCAGCUCCCAAAAACUGGGGACUAAACUUCAGUUGUAUCAUAUGGGCAGCUAAUUCCUUUUCUCCGUACGGUUCCUAUACUUUCGCGCGAGAAGAUGGGAUCACCGAGAACGCCGCUGAAAUUGUCGAAUAAUCACCCCACGACGUUUGUAACGGCACAGCGAACGUAAGAAUUAACGACGAUGCAUCGAUCGUCGACGCGAAGAAAGAGAGGAAGAGCGAAAAAGAAAAAAGAGACGCGAUCGAACGCGCACGCGAGUGUCGCCAGAAGGAUGAGGGGAGUACAAGGAGAUAAAACAGAACCAUGUUCCCGCGCCCCUUCUCCCGACCAUAGAAAACGAAAGAGAGGAAAGUGAGAGAGGGCGAAAGAGAGACCCGUGAGGAAAGUGUUAAGUGUAAAAUAAAUGUGUCACACGAGUAAAUUUAAGCGAGAAGCGAUGUAAUAAAACGACGGUCGGACCGAGUUCCGCGCCGCGGCGGAAGUACUUUCUACUUACGUGCAUAAGUGUUAAAUGAAACUUAAAGGAAAACACACAGAAAGACAAAACACGUACACACGCAUAACAGUAGGAAAAAUGUAUGUAAACCCACGCGACUUUACGACUCGUAUGAUUUAACAUACGCGACGACUAGCCCGAAACUGUGUUGUUCCCUUAUCCAUACUCCCUCCACCCACCCGCUCACUUACCUCACACAUCCUUCUUACCAUCUUAUUUUUCACACGGUUCUCUUUGCGAGAAAGCGCAUUCUUGUACAUAAUGUUUUACUCUUGU